ACGAGGAUGGAGGCAGACAUUUCCCGCGGGUUUCAAAACACGAUCGGCUAAAGAGGUAACCUAGUGCUUCCUUGGAGCGCCCAGACUGCAUAUCCGAGUGCAGCCAUUAUCCGUCAAAAGGCGACCACCUUUACCUAUUUCCCCGCUCAUGAUUUGAAUCCCUGUCCAGCUCUCACCGGUCUUUUCUUUACCCUGGCUGCUUUCUAGUCUCCUUUUCAUCCCACAAUGUCUUUCCUCGGUCGCCCCAAGUCGCAAAAACGGUAUGAUGAAGUUAAUCUUGCAGUUCGGCCAGUGGACAGCUCGAAUUCGAGUAUGAAGAGCGUUAAACUUAAACACUCCAGUACCUGGCGGGCUGUAUCUUCGACAGACAAAUCGAACUUGAGCACCACGGCAAAUUUAAGACGUCGUUUGUCCAGUUUGGCUUCCCUCACAGGUGGCAGGCGUCCGCGAACUGCCCAUGGAGGGGAGUCGAGAGAAACAUCGGGGGCUAUCGGUUUCACUGCGAUGCAUUCUGGCGUUUACACUCGAAGCCGGUCUCCUUCACCCUCGCUGUCGUUGACAAUUCGCCGUCCGAGCGGUUUGGGUCGUCGGGAGAGCGUUUCGGAUGUGGAUGAACAAUCUACUCAUGUAUUCCCUCGCAGUCGUCCAUCAGUGAAUGGUGAUCGCAGAGUGAGUAUUAGUGCCCCAGACCUUACUUUGCCACCUCUCGAUUUCGAGCUGUUACGCUGGGAAGUAAUAUCGCAAUCCGAUGCCGAGUCGGAAAUAGCCCUGCCUCCCCUCCCCUUUGACUUCUCUCGCAUUCCCCUCGCCCUUCUUCAGUUCAUGUUCUCAUACAUGAAUCGAAGAGAUUUGCCUUCCCUCGCACGUGUCUGUUCCCUCUUCCUACAACCCGCUAGGACCGCGUUGUAUAGCAACCUUGAUAUGCGUCAUGUCAAGGCACCUUCGCAAGUCGAGAAGUGUGUCUCGCUAUUGGCUGCAAAUCGAGAUAUGGCAUCGCUUGUCCGGACAUUCGCUUGUCGGGAAUUCUCCACACCGUCGGGCGGUUCUUCAUCAUUCAUGACCGUUACAUUUGCUAUUGCGUUUACAUUCAUGCAUCAACUCCAUACUCUCACACUCCCGCACUUCUCCGCGCAUAUGCUCCACCACUCGACUUUCCGACUCAAAACUCUCACCUUGCUUAGCGAGUCAAUGCAGGAGGACGAAGUUCAACAGCUGGUUUCAUGGCUAGCCAGCCAGCCCACACUCAUUUCCUUAUCCUUGCCCAAUCUCGUACUGCAGAAUUUCAAUAAUCUCAAUCUCACGCAAGCAUGUAUCCUUAAUGGAACAUCGAUACCCCACAAUUCAGAUGAUACCACUGCUAUCAGUAGACGACUUCUUCCCAAUUUGUCGUAUCUCCAAGCUCCCACAUCACUAGCUUCAGCUCUCGUACCAGGCCGGCCUGUACGAACACUCUUUUUGAACGUUCACACCACCCUAUACGAUGGUUUGAGGCCGUCUGCAUUGAUGCAAUCCCUGGCCACUUCAAGUGGGCCUAUAAAACGUUUGACCAUAGGAACGAACGUAAACCUCAAGGUGGACUCGCGCACAUUGGAGCGCGUGCUCAUGUCCGCAGGCGCGGAGUUAGGUUCUUACCUUGAGAUUCUCGAGAUUGAAUGGGUUUUGGAAGACGAAGUGUUGUACAAGCUUAUAUUGUCCGUACUUCCACGCUUUAAGGUUUUACACACGCUGCGGCUACAUCGUCAUUCCCCUCCCCCACCUCCGCGAACUCCACCUCCUCCCUUCCCCAUUCCUAGUCCCAGUCCCCCAUCAUCGCCAACGGCACAAUUCCUCACUGUCUUCACGCAGUCGUCUUACUCACCACCUGCUCCGCCGCUGUCCACUCGAAGCAGAGCCAGUACUACAAAGCGAGUUUCGUUGGAUGUACCGCUCUCGCGAGCCCACGAAAGGACACAUCUGGCAGCAUGGGCGAAACAAUGCCCUUCGCUAAAAGUGGUUGUUUUCCUCUCUUGCGCGGAAUGGAAGAUCGGUCUGGGUAUAGGGGACACCGUGGGGGCGACACUGUUUACCCACCUUAGAACCGUUAGAGAGUGAAGUGGGGUAUCUGUGGUACAUAUGUGGUGUGUAGAAAGUAUUUAUUUCGCCUUGUGGCAUAAUUGUCUAUAGUAUCAUUUUAGUACGUUGUUUAUACUUCUUAUCCGGGACCGUACAUAGGUGCUAUCGCUUUGCUUUCCUUCUUCACGGAUUUCCAUACGCUCUAUCUACAUCCUUUUUUCCUACUUACAGUGUCUUACACUUCCUCCAUCCGAUGCUCGCCCUUCACUUAUCCCUAUGACGAAUGCAUAUGCUUGGGUUUCUAAUUCCUU